ACGCACUCGACGCAUUAGUCGCAUCGAAGCCUUCGGCGAGCGGCAAAACCACAUUUCUUCAAGAGAAAGUCUCGGAGACUCUCUCGUAUUCCCAGCGCGUGCCACGAGAGCGGCUGAUUUUAACUACUCUAGCAGCGUUGCAAAGCAGUGUAGCGACUCUUUCUUCAUUUAUAUAAGGCAGCUGUGCAAUCCACCCAAAACAGGACACUAAACUACCUGACACAGCUCCUUGACGACAUGGAGCCCACGACGUGGACCCGGCUUGUGAUUUGGACGGCACUCUGCGCCUUCUCCUUUCUCAGGACAGCGCUGUGCCAACAGCAGGAGUGCGACCCGGUGCCUGUGCUGCGAUGCUACGGUGGCCUGCUGAGCACCAUCGAGACAGAACUGGACAAGCUGGCCGCGAAGUACGGGACCGAGCUGGACGCAGCUCUCAGGACGUUCGCCAGCAAGUACCCAGUGUCAUACUCCCCAUGCAAGAUACGUCCUGGAGAGCAAGGUCGGUGUACGCCUGCCGAGCGCGAGCAGCUGGAACGCAUCGAGGGCGUCUACGAGGUCUUCCAGAGGACCGUCAGCGACAGCGACGCCCUCAGGGAUAUGGUGGCGGCGUACAAGUGUUGGGAUCGGCGCAAGUACCGUGACUGCUUCGCCAGCCUGCUCCAGGACACACUCAUCCGCGAGUACCGAGACUCGUCCUACCAGGAGACGAGACCGGAGAAGACCAGGAUCUGCAGGCAGUGGUCUCGCCUGGCUGACUCGUGCUUCGAAGACACGUCUGGCGGUCUGUGCGCCGAGAGCGCGACGGCGGGACGGCAGCACUUCCGCGACGUGAUGUCGGCCUACGUGGGCAGCUUCGGGUGCCCGAACAGCGCCGGUAUGCCAGGCAGAUCGCUCCUGCUCACCAGCACUGCCGUCGGCUUCGCCGUGUGGAUGAUGACUCGCCGUGGCUUCUAA